AUGGCCCAUGAGCUGAUUCCAGCCGCCUACAUCGCCUGUAUUGCUUCCCUGGGAGCUUUUCAGUACUUCCUUACGACUGAGUACUCCCUCAUUGUCGGCAGCCGAUCGCACAUGACUCUAAACCUGGGAACCAUCUGCUCCAAAUUGAUCCCAGCCCAAAAUCAAAGGGCAUCUGCAAGUGCCAUCGUGGACACUUCAGCUGCUGCUGCCAUCACCGCCACUGUCACAGCCACCACCACAGCUGCCAGCAUUGCUAUCCUUUUCCCCUCUCCCCGAGGUCUUGCACUGUGCCAAGCACAGGAGACUGGUCCGUGCCACUGCCACCGCUGGAAUAUUUCUGAUUACAGUCACAAGAAGCGCAGCGCCGGCUGCCCUGCCGACAGAAGUCCUCAGCCUGGCGAUACAGACGGUGAUUUGUCGUGGCUUCUGAAUUUCAAUGUGAAUUCGCUGUUCGAUACAAAUGGUUCCAUUAAUGGCCAAUGCAAUCGCCCAGCUAAUAGUGGGCGACCUGUGGAAGCUUGCAAGCCGGAUCCACCACCGGCCGUGGCUUCCCUGAACACGCCGUCAGGACCUCGGAAGCCGCACACGGAGCUCAUCGAGCAAGCCCUGCGCGAAAGAGCGAGCUCGCCGUCUCCGGUUAUCUACUCCUGGAUAUCGGAACGUUUCUCAUACUACAAGGCGAACGAUGACCGAUGGAAGAAUUCUGUGCGCCACAACCUGUCUAUCAACCAUCACUCCCAAAGCGGGGCAAAUGCAGUCCGAAGUGCCCGGUCAUUCUAA